CCUACCUACUAUGUAUACAGUAAGGUAAUGACUGACGUUUUGACGAGCCCUCAAAAGCGCGCGUCAGUCGUGUUGAGGCCACGAGCGCGCAGUUACUUGGUUGUCAUGGCGACAUCUCUCAGUCGGCAUAUAUAUCACUCUCUAACUUGCAAGCAAGAGUACUGAGUUUUGCCUUCUCUCAUGGCAAAACGUUGAAGCUUUGAAAUUCCGAGAAACGCACCAGUCCGAGUCACAUCCCGAAAUAAAGCAAGCAAAGCGACCAUGUUCUCAAUCCUCCCAGAUCUUAUGCCGCGGGAUUCGCAUUCCCUCUGGUACACUUCUUCACGCAACCCGAAUCUUACUUCUCUCCCGCAUUUUGACCCUUCUUCUAUGAACGACAAUGUCAUUAAUACUACCGUACCGAGCGUGAACCCGACCCAGAACACCCCGGCCCCGAACACCACCCCCACAGCCCGCCCGAGCAACGCCCCCUCGGCAUCGGCCCAAAUCAUAGAGCGCUCCGCGCUGGGCCGGCUCCGCGCCGAAGAGAUACUGAUGGAGCGCCGCGCCGCCGCAAUGUCCAACUUCGGCAGCACAUGGUUGAAGCCGCCCGGAGUUUCCAAGACGCUGUUCCAGAUGCGGGAGGAACAACGCGAACAGGAGGAGCACGAAGAGGCUAUGCGACGCGAGAGAUUGGCUCAGGAAUUAGCCCAGGCAGAGGCCGAAGCGGCGGCUGCGGCGGCUGCGGAGGCGAUGGGUGAGGAUGUAGGCAUGGAGGGGGAGGAGGAUGAUAUGCUGAUGGACGGGGAGGAGGCGAGGGAUUUGGACGAGGAUAUUCCGGAUGCGGACGAGGGCGGAUUUGGCUAUGACGGAGCUAGUGAUGAGGAGGCGGAAGAGGAGGAAGUCAGCGACGAGGAAGAUGAUGACGAGGAGGAGGAGGAGGAGGAAGAGGAAGAGGAGGAGGAUACGGAGGAGCACGAGAUCUCUCAUCUCCAGAUGCAACAACGGCGACGUGCGCAGCAACGAGAAUUGGCCAACCAGACCGCGAGCAUACGCGCUACCGAGGAUCGCAUGCGCCAGAUGAUGGCACGCGGGAACUCGCAGAGCGACCAUCUCGGCGAGGAUUUCUACGGCGCAGAGGAAGACAUCGGCGAAGAGGAGCAAGCACAAAUGCUAGACGAAGACGACCUCCUCAGCGGCAAUGCACAUCCCGAGGCUGAUGUGGAGCCCGGCCCGGACAUGGACAUGGACGCAAACCUGGACGACGACAUCCCUGAGGCAGAACUGAGCGGUGGCUAUGAGCACACCGACUCCGAGGCCUCGCUCAGUAGCGAUGGCGAUGGUCACGAUCUCAGCUACGCCCGCAGUUCGCGGAUGCUGCACCCCAGGGGUAGUCUGCGGCGCAGUCAGGGCGCGAGGUCGAGCCUUGAUAUCAGCGGCUUCUUGUCCAGAGACGGCAGCAGCAUCAUGGGGAGUAGCCCGCAUAUUCGAAGGGCUAAUCACGAAAACUGAGGCAUGGGACAACGGGUGGGGGGGAGUUAUGUCGGUUCACCAAAGUCAUGAUACCCGUAUUGUUGGGAGGCAUUGGCGUCAGCGCAGGUUAUUUGUUAUCCACCACGGUUAGGACUGGGACUAGAACGGAGUUCAAAAG